GGGUAGCAUAUGAAAUUUUUUGAAUUCAAUUUUGUGCAAUUCAGAACAACACAAAUCCAAGUCAAGACCACCAAAGCCAUGUUCCCAAACACUACUACCUGAAAAGCCUCAGCCGGCGCACGCUUCCCGUUUUCUUCUUUCUCCUUCGUAGUUGCAGUGCCCUAUCUCAGGGCCAUGGUUUCUGCAGCAGAGCUUCUUUCUCUCUCAUUAGUCUUCCGUGGGAACAAACCCAGUCCUCCUCGCUUUCCGUUUCAAUCCAGUUGCCAUAGACCUAGAAUUUCAUCCGCCGUUAACGGCACAGCCCGAGCUUUGACUUCUCAGUUCAAUCCACAGCCUGUGCCCACACCUCCUCUCCCCGACUCUUCUCCUGUGACAGGUGAAACUAGUGCUUCAGAGAAGGCUUCUACUCUCCGUGAACUCUGCGAAGGUCGCGUGCCCGAGCAUGUCCUGCGCAGAGUGGAGGAGGUUGGUUUUGUCAUUCCUACGGAUGUUCAACGGCAAGCUCUGCCAGUUUUACUCGCUGGACGUGAUUGCAUACUUCAUGCCCAGACAGGUUCUGGGAAGACUCUAGCAUAUCUGUUACUGAUAUUUGCAGCAGUGAACCCUCAAAGAUCUGCUGUGCAAGCACUGAUUGUGGUGCCCACUAGGGAACUCGGCAUGCAAGUUGCAAAAGUUGCCAGGAUGUUGGCUGCAAAGCCCACCGAACUUGGCUUGGGUCAGAAAUCAUGCACUGUCAUGGCUCUUUUAGAUGGAGGAUUGUUGAGUAGACACAAGAAUUGGUUAAAGGCUGAGCCACCUACGAUAGUGGUGGCAACUAUUGGGAGUUUGUGCCGUAUGAUUGAAAAGAGGCUAUUUAAGCUUGAAUCAAUGCAGGUGCUGGUAGUUGACGAGGUGGAUUUCAUGUUCAAUUCUUCAAAAGAAGUCAGUUCACUUAGAAAGCUUUUGACAUCUUAUUCAUCCAUCAAUAGCCGUCAGACCGUUUUUGCUAGUGCAUCCAUCCCACAACACAGGCGUUUCCUACAUGAUUGCAUACAGCAGAAAUGGACCAAGAGUGAUGCAGCUCAUAUCCAUGUGAAUCCAGUUGAACCGAUGCCCUCACAGCUACACCAUAGAUUUAUGAUAUGUAACAAAAAAGAGAGACAAAAAGCCUUGCUAUUCUUGUUACAAUCAGAUGCACCGGACUCUGGUAUAAUUUUUGUUGGCGAACAGUCUGAGAAGUCGAAAAAGGCUGGAAAUCCUCCAUCAACAACUCUUUUGAUUGAUUUCCUAAAGGGUUCAUUUGUGGAAGGUUUGGAUGUCCAUCUUCUGGAGGGAGAGAUGAAUUUCAAUCUGCGAGCAACUUCUCUAUCGGAAGUGAGACAAGGAGGUGGGCAAGGAGGUGGUUAUCUUCUGGUGGCAACAGACAUAGCUGCCAGAGGGUUAGACCUGCCUGAGACUACUCAUAUAUACAACUUUGAUCUGCCAAAAACUGCGGUAAAUUAUCUUCAUCGGGCUGGGAGGACGGGCAGGAAACCAUUUUCAGAUGAAAAAUGCAGAGUCACCAAUAUUAUAACAUCAGAGGAGAGGUUUGCAUUGCAAAGGUUUGAGAAUGAGUUAAUGUUUCAAUGUGAAGAAAUAUUUGUAUAAAAAAAUUUGUUAUUAUCUCCAUUUUAUACAAUAUGUAGUUUUUUUUUUUUUACCUGUUUCAUUCAAACGAAUCUAUAAGCAAUGGUAGAAUUGCUGGAAAAUUUUCAACAUCAUUGUUGCUUUUCAUUGGAAUUUCCAAAAUCACGCAGCAAGGUUUGAGAGAUGAUUAAAAAGUUAUUCCAAAUUGAAAUA